CGAGUCCGGGCGCUCAGCCAGUCGCGGCGCUGUGCGAGACGAACUGCAGGUGCACGGGGGCGUGGAUUCGAUACGUGCGGACAGAAUGAGCCUCUCCGCUGCCCUGGUGCUGCUCGCCGCGGCCCAAGUCACAUGCCUGCCAGUGACCUCUGUGCUUCACCAUGCCGAUGAAAAGGUUACCAAAUGUGUAUUGGAGGUUCUCGUGGAUACCCUUUCACAGCCCAAACCCAUGCCUGUGAACCCUGAAUGUAUCCAGAUCCUGAAGGAAGAUGAACAGAUCCUUGCCUUGCUGCAUCAUCACAAUCUGUUGCAUGAACUACAAGAAUUGGCCGAAUCUGAGAAGCUGGAGGUAGAACGAGGGGCAGAGUCCGGCAAGGCUGCAGCACCAGGAAGUGGUGCGGUUCAGAGAAGCCAUGAAGAACAGGAAGAUGAAAAGGAAGAGGGCGAGCAUCAGGGAACUGCAAGAGAGGUCAUUCUCACAAAGGGAGUAAUCAAAGAGGCUGUAGCAGAGAAGGGAAAUGAAGAAAAACGGACCUCCAUUGCUGGUACAGCGAAAAAGAACUGGGACGGGGAUCUCAUUGAAGAGGAGAAGAAGGGAGAUGUAAAAAAGAGUGACAAAGAAGGAGAAGACAUGUUUGAGGCCAAAAAGAGUGCAAAUGUGAAAAAGAGCAAUAGAGAGCUGGAAGAACUCUUUGAGGAGGAUAAAAAGAGUACAAAUGUAAAGAAAAGUGAUAGGGAGUUGGAAGAAUUGUUUGGGCAUAAAAAGAAUGACAACGAGAAAAAGAGUGACAGACACUUAGAAGAACUGUUUGAGGAUAAAAAGGGCACCAAUGUGAAAAAAAGCAAUCGUGAACUGGAGGAACUCUUUGAGGAUGAGCGAAAGAGGGCAGCCGCAAAAAAGAGAUAUCAAGAGGUGGAGGAUCUACUUGAUGAGGACCGGAAAAGAGGAGCUGCAAAGAAGAGUGACAGAGAAUUAGAAGAGCUUCUUGAGGAUGACAAGAAGAAUGGCAAUGAGAAAGAGGAGGAGAAGCUCGCUGAAGAGGUCUCCCGGAUUGAGGAGUUGCUUAACCGGCUCCGGGAGAAUAGAUAUGAAGAGUAUGAGGAGUGGAAGCACCACAAUGAAGAAGAAAAGAGACGGCAUCUUUUUGGAGGUAAAGAAGACGAAGAGAGGCCAGAAUAUAAGAAAAAUAAUGAGGGCUGGGCCGAGGAAAUUGAAGAGAAAAAACGAAAGAGGUCAGGGAGCACCAGCCAGCAGCCAGAAGCUGCCAAAAAGAAAAGAGUCUUUGAGAAGGCCAGUGAUGAGGAGACAAGACAGUUUGAGGCAGAAGAGGAACGAGAUGAGUUGAGGAAAUCUCAUCUUUUGCACUUACAUAGUCUAAACAAUGAGGAGGCAGAGGAUGACUUAAAGAAGAAGAGGGAGGAGGAGGACGUGAGGAAUGAGGUGGAGGAGCACGAGACGCUAUCAGAGAUUGAGUCAGAACUGAAGAGAGUGGCUGAAGAACUCCGUGAGAUACGCAGAGGUUAGGUCCUUAUGGCAAGAGCACUACGCAGGAAGACAAUCUCCUCCAAUCUGUGUUUUGAGUGUGACUCGAGCUGCAGGAGCCAUCUUGGCGAAGGUGGUGCCUGUUGUACUUUAGAUAUUAGUGUUUGUUAUGUAAUUCUGCAAUGACAGGCCGGAGGGAGAGGUGGCAGUUGUGUGUCUGUCUCUUUGUUUAGCACUGCAUCUCACAAGCCAUUAUUUACGAAAGCAACACUUAACCAUUCCAUGGCUACCCUAGGUCCUCCACUUCUGUCAAUGUGGGAACAUUCACCCUUAUUUAUUUUAUGUUUUAGAUUCAACUCAUCUGGCUGCGUACUGUUAAACAGCAGUCGGAGACACUGCACCAGGCACUUGAUACGUCUUGUGCCACACAGAUGCCUGGGAGUUUCUAUCCUUUCAGAGAAAAACUGUCUCUGAAGUUUGAGAUCGCCACAAGCACUGGUGUCAGACUUUCCAAGACUGUUAACGCCUCUGACUUGCUGCUCGCACCGUGCAAUAUCUUUUCUAUUUGCUGUUACACUGUCAGGACACUCGGUUAAAACUAAAAAUGACAAGGAUUCAGGCUGUUCAUGACCCACGUGAAAUUGGAUAAUAUAAUCAGUAGAUGUUUGUGCUUCUGAACGUUUCUAUUCGACUUCACUAGCCCCAUACAUCCAAGAGCAUCUCCAAACUUAGGCUUGCCCUUUAAGGCUUUCUGCCUUGGAACAAGUCAUCAAUAUUAGCGUCUUAUCAACAUUAAUUGCGGAAAUGACAUUCAGACACAGUGAACACCCUGGCACAAUGUGUGACGCCUGCAGUUAUCUGCUGUGUGUUUUGCUUAUAAAACAAUAAAAUUCAUUUUCAAAAUGAAA